ACCCAGGACCCUGCAUUCACUAUAUCCCCUCUCCCCGGACCCUGCAUUCACUAUAAUCUGGUCUCCCCGGACCCUGCAUUCACUAUAUCCCCUCUCCCCCGGAUUACCCUGCAUUCACUAUAUAUCUGGUCUCCCCGGACCCUGCAUUCACUAAAUCCCCUGGUCUCCCCGGACCCUGCAUUUCACUAUAUCUGUUCUCUCCCAGACCCUGCAUUCACUAUAUCUGGUCUCCCCAGACCCCUGCAUUCACUAUAUCCGCUCUCCCCGGACCCCGCAUUCACUAUAUCUGGUCUCCCCGGACCCUGCAUUCACUAUAUCUGGUCUCCCCGGACCCUGCAUUUACUUUAUCUGGUCUCAACGGACCCUGCAUUCACUAUAUCUGGUCUCCCUGGA